AUGAGCCUGGAGGGCAGUGGCUUUGGAGGAGCUUGGUCUCUGAAUCUACGAAAGUAUAGACACCGUCAGUCAAGGGCACACUCUCUGGUCAUAGGUGAGCAUCAGCAGAUCAUCAAGGCAACGUCGAGGCUGGUGGUGAAAGACCAGAAAUUGGAAAGCUUCCCGUUCCAAAAGAGCGGCGGGGACUACCAAGUUAUGCACGUAUCUGGAGACAUAGAGAUUCUGUGCAACGAAAGCGACACCGCCACAGCGCCUGUAAAGUCAGCGAUCAACGUCAAAGAUGGUGCAGAGGGUUUGCUCAAGUUUGAUUGUUCAGAUGUUGAGCUUGACGCAAUUACGUCCCCCGAUUCCUCAGUAAAAGCCAUCACCAGACUAUUUAGAGGGGGUGAAGAUGUAUUGACGAAGCUGAAACCACCAUUAGACAGCGGGUCUGCUGCAUCUCACCGUGGAAGUUUGACCCGCCUUGCGGAGGAGCUAUUUCAUCUGCAUGAUGGCCAUCGACUACCCAAGGGAGCUACCAGGAUCUGGAUACCAUACGUGAUAAUUCGAACUGGGUAUCCUGGAGAACAACAACCCAAGAUUACUACGGUAUACAGAUAUUCUGAAUUCAAUUUGCUCGGCUACGGCGGCGUGAACGAUCAGGAUCCUGAUGGGGAUAAUCUCUUUGACGCUCGCGCAGGACACCAUUACAACUCCACGCUCGAGGUUGAAGGCGGUGCAGACCUUAACUACAUAUGUAACAAAUUCCAUUUGGGUUCUUCACCCAGACAGCAAGGCACAAAAUCUGUUGCGUAG